AUGUUUGAGUCAAAAAAUACGGACCACACCUUAUUGUGCGGUGAAUUAACAAACUUGAUUGAUACGCUUGUCACCAAAGUAACGUUGCCUACACAUAAGAUAGAUAUCUUUACUCAAAAUAUUCGUGACUAUUUGGACCAAAGAUGCUACCUGGGAUUCCGAUUCGAAAAACAUAUUCAAGAAAUGAAAGAGAAAGGUUUUCCCCGGGAAGAGGAAGAAGUAUUGCGGAAUAGGUGCAUACAGUUUAUAGUUUGUCUCAUUGACGAAAUAAAAAACAGAUUGCCGGAAAAUAUUACUCUCAUGAAACAAAUAUCCCGUAUAAGUGUCGAAAAAGCCCUGCAUCACAACAAAGAAAAUCUUGUUGAUAUAAUGGCUCGGUUCGUAACAAGUACAGAAUUAAUUGCAAAAAUUGACGAUCAAUGGCAGCAAAUUCAUUUACUGAGAUGGAAUGAAACAAAAGAUACAAAAAAAAUUUUUGGAGCGAAGUCUUGA